AUGGCGCACAAGAGAGAUUUCAGGGUCAAGGCCGCCGGCAAUGAUGAGGAGAUUUUGUGUUGCAAAUGGGACUUCAAAGUACAAAACGGCACAUCUGACAAAUCGUGGCAAUCGAUAGACCUCUCCUUGAAGUUGUCUUCGGUAUCACCUACAUUGUCAUGGCCAAAGAAGGCGACCGAGGUUCGUAUUUUCGAUGAAAUGUCUGAAAUUACAAGCGACAAUAUUGGCAUAAGCGCGUUUGAAUUUAUAUUCUGCUGCCUCUCUGCCACUCGGAAAGCCAAUCAAAAUGGUGGCUCGCGGGAAAUCAAGCUCAUCGUGCCCAGUACAAGAGGUUACCUCGUUCGAAGUGACAUCGUUACUCUCCGCCUUGUGGACUGCGAAUUCGUUGAACUUACGACUUCUUUCUCGGAAGACUCGAGUCGGCUGUUCGUAGGGGAGAACCUAGAAAGCGAAGGCUAUUUCUCAUUUUCCACGCUUCUUGCCGCCUCGGCGGCUGGUGUUCUUCUAGUACCUCAGUCUCUACCCGAGGAAUCAACUGCGGCUUUGUUGUCAGUGGAGGUUGAACUUGCAAAUCGACUGUCAAUUUCAUGGGUAAUCGAAAAAGUCAAGUCACGCCAAACUCUUGCCAUUGUUGAGGGAAGUAGAGAUCACCCAGAUAAUGGAGGGACCGGCCCGAGUAUAUAUCUAGCUGCGAAGGCUCUCGGGAUUGAUAUUGUUGUUUUGGACAACGCAGGGCAUUGGCUCGAAGGUCCUGAAUUCAGCCACUGGCGCAAAGAGUUCAUUCCUGUGAAGCUCACGGAUCCCCCAGAUGCCGAAUUUGCCAAUCGUAUUGUCAAAGCUGUCAGAAAUUAUGAGGGGGUCAUUGACGGCAUUAUCACUUUCUGCGACUCUUAUCAAACUUCAGUAUCGACAGCUGCGACUCGGCUUGGCUUGCCAACAUCCUCCCCAGAAGCGUUCGAAAUAGCAACAGACAAAUACAAAACGAGCGUAUUCGAAGGUCACCAGGCCUACUCCGCAUCUAAUAUACAAGAAGCGCUAGAUAUAUCUGACAAUAACGAACUGACCUAUCCAAUGAUUGUGAAGCCGUGUAACGGGUGGAGCUCUGAGGGUGUAUUUCGUGUUGAUGAUCGAGCUGGACUUGAGAAGGCAAUCAAUUCAAUUCCACCACGACAUGGUGAUACGUUUGUGAUGGAGAAAUACUGCGACGGCCCCGAAGUCAACGCCAAUUUUGUUCUACUUGAUGGCGAGAUACUCUUCUCGGAGAUUUGUGACGAUUUUCCCAAAGGAGCUGAUGUUGACGGUCCUGGAACGCUCAAAACCUUCAUCGAACUUGCAACAGUGUUCCCAUCUGCCCUCCCUGUACAAGAGCAAACCCUUCUUCGUGACCGCUUUGUCGAUAGCUUACGGCGCCUUGGCCUCACCAACGGUAUUCUACAUCUUGAGGGCCGUGUUGAGAACUCAAGAACGCAAUAUCGCACCCAAGAGGGCAUUCUCGACUUGCACCCUAGAGAUAUAGCUGUAGAGGAGGAACCAGCUCCCUGGCUUAUAGAAAUCAACCCUCGUCCACCAGGAAUGAAAUGUACGCAGAUAAUCGAGUCAACUUAUGGUGUAGACUAUUGGGGUCUAGCUAUGCUGAUUGCAAUACGUGACACGGAGCGCGCAAGAAUUUUGUCGCAACAAUUCAAAAUGGGAGCACAAUACAAUUGUGUGAUGGUUUUCAUUCCGUGUAAUUACGACCUUGACCAUUGCACUGGUAUCUUCGAUUCGGAUGAUAUCUGUGCUGAUUUGAUUCGUCAAAGACCGGAUCUAGCUGAACAUAUUAGCCAAUGCGCCACUCUAGUGAAGAGAGGAGACAAAGUAGACCAUCCAGACUCGGGACACAAUUCGUGGCUAGCAUAUUAUAAUGUAUUCUCGAGGAAAAGUCGACAACAUGCGUUGGAAUUAGCGGAGCAAGUAAGAACUGGAACUAGAUACACAUUCAAAUAA